UUCUACAAAACCUCCACUUGUCUCGAUCUCUAAUGGCCAGCAAGAGUGUUGAAAUAAAUGGACACCAAAACAGUGAUGAGUUUUGUGUGAAAGGUGAUCCCUUAAACUGGGGGACGAUGGCGGAAUCGUUGAAGGGGAGCCACCUGGAUGAGGUGAAGCGGAUGGUGGCGGAGUUCAGGAAGCCUGUGGUGAAGCUUGGUGGAGAAACAUUGACCGUGGCUCAGGUGGCUGCCAUUGGCCAAAACGCCGCGGUGAAGGUGGUGAUGUCGGAGACUGCAAGGGCGGGGGUGAAGGCGAGUUAUGAUUGGGUGAUUGAGAGUACAAUUAACGGAACUGAUACUUAUGGUAUCACCACCGGGUUCGGGUCUAACUCGAAACGGAGAACCACAGAAGGUGGUGCUCUUCAGAAAGAACUCAUUAGAUUCUUGAACGCUGGAAUCUUUGGCAAUGAAACAGAAUCAAAUCAUACGCUACCGCAUUCAGUAACAAGGGCUGGCAUGCUUGUCCGAAUCAACACCCUCCUACAAGGUUACUCCGGCAUCCGAUUCGAGAUCUUGGAAGCCAUGACCAAGUUUCUGAACAACAAUGUCACCCCAAUUCUUCCCCUCCGUGGUAGCGUCACCGCCUCCGGUGACAUCGUUCACUUGUCCUACAUCGUCGGUCUCCUCACCGGCCGCCCCAACUCCAAAUCCAUUAGCGCCACUGGUGAAAUCCUUAAUGCUGAGAAAGCCUUCGCCCAAGCCGGCGUCGAAGGUGGGUUCUUCGAAUUGCAACCGAAAGAAGGCCUAGCACUUGUCAAUGGCACCACUGUAGGCUCCGGGAUGGCGUCCAUGGUGCUGUUUGAAGCUAAUGUCCUUGCAUUGUUGUCGGAAGUGUUGUGCGCCAUUUUCACGGAAGUUAUGCAAGGAAAGCCGGAGUUUACGGACCACUUGAUACACAAACUUAAGCAUCACCCGGGCCAAAUAGAGGCUGCAGCCAUCAUGGAAUACAUUUUAGACGAAAGCGAUUGCGUUAAAGUCGCAAAAAAGGUCCACGAGAUAGACCCGUUACAAAAACUCAAACAAGACCGCUACGCACUUCGCUCGUCCCCCCAAUGGCUUGGUCCGCAAAUCGAAGUCAUUCGCUCAGCUACCAACAUGAUUGAAAGGGAGAUCAACUCCGUUAACGACAACCCGUUAAUCGACGUGUCGAGAAACAAAGCGUUACACUGUGGCAACUUUCAAGGAACCCCAAUUGGUGUUUCCAUGGAUAACACACGCUUGGCUAUUGCGGCUAUUGGAAAACUCAUGUUUGCGCAGUUUACCGAGCUUGUAAACGAUUUUUACAACAACGGGCUGCCUUCGAAUCUCUCAGGGGGGAGUAACCCGAGUUUGGAUUACGGGUUCAAAGGUGGAGAUGUCGCCAUGGCUUCUUACUGUUCGGAGCUCCAGUUUCUUGCGAAUCCGGUUACAACCCAUGUCCAAAGCGCGGAGCAACAUAACCAAGCUAUUAACUCGCUAGGUUUGAUUUCUGCAAGGAAAACCGCAGAAGCCGUUGAGAUCUUAAAGCUCAUGUUAUCCACUUACUUAGUAGCUUUAUGCCAAGCGAUUGACUUGAGGCAUUUGGAAGAGAACUUGAAGUUGACCGUCAAGAACACCAUAAGCCAAGUAGCCAAGAAAGUCCUAACCAUAGAGCUCCACCCAUCGAGUUUCUGUGAAGAAGACUUGCUUCACGUGGUCGACUGCGAAUAUGUUUUCACCUACAUUGAUGACCCGUGUCUCGCCACAUACCCGUUGAUGCAAAAGCUUAGACAAGUCUUGCUUGACCACGCGUUAAACAAUGGCGUUAAUGAGAAGGAUGCGGGAACCUUGAUCUUACAAAAGAUUGGUGAGUUUGAGAACCAACUGAAAGCGGUUUUACCGAAAGAGGUGGAGGGGGUUAGAGCCGCAUUCGAGGCAGGUUCGUUGUUGAUUCCUAACCGAAUAAAGUCAUGUAGGUCGUACCCGUUGUACAGGUUUGUGAGGGAGGAGCUUGGUGCGGUUUACUUGACCGGUGAGAAGGUGACUUCACCAGGGGAGGAGUUCGAUAAGGUGUUCACGGCUCUAUGCAAAGGGGAGAUCAUUGAUCCGUUGUUGGAGUGUUUGGAAGGGUGGAAUGGUGUUCCACUUCCAAUAUGUUAGUAAUGGUGUUCAUGGGGCAGUAAAGCCACGAUUAUUCAUGAUUUAUUUUCAGUUUUUCUUCAUGUUUUGUUUACGAACCAAUAAAUAGAAGGAAGUAACAGUAAAAGUACUUUUCUCAUUU